AUGAAGCUCUAUCUGAAAGAAGGCAGGCCUCAGUACCGAGAAGCGCCCCGGCGCCGUUUGCGCAAGAUAUGUCGGCGAGCAAAUUGGUACGGUCUUAAUCAAGAAAUUGUGGCAGGAAAAGAUCGGAGGGCGUUGGAGAAACGGACAGGCCAGCGAGCGCGGUCGUCAAAGCCGGAGUUCGAAGUCUCUUGCCACAUCGUGCUCAUGUCGAAAGCCGCAGUCGUAUCGACUGCCUAUGGAUUGCUCGGCUUCUCCACAAGGUUUUUGAUUCAUAGCCCUCGUGCUUACAACCUACUGCUAACAUACUCCCUACGUCUCGGUUGGCCAAAGUCUGCUACUUCGAUCAAGCAGUCGUCGAGGCGGCCCGUCGUUCUCGGACGGUUUGAUGACGAUGGUCAUUUCCGCUGCCGAGUUCAGCAUUAUGACACCAACGGUAACUCGCUAUCAGAUGAACACAGGCAUCAAGGCUCCCUUGAUAUUCUUCCUCGCGAUAUCGGCCUCAUCCACUCCUUCAGCAGGCACUCUCACAACUUACCAGAGGCAGUUUCACAGAUGCUGAUGAGGCAGGAAAGACGCUUUUACCACUUGUUCUAUCCCUAUUGGGGUAUUAGAAAUACCUGGGAGUGA